UUAGCCUAGCUGGUAGCGUUAGCCCCCCCGAGAUCCCAGGCGCAGUAAAAUGAAGCGUUAUUGCCCUUUGUUUUUAAAUCGCACUGGCAGACGUUGCACAAACGCCGAGAGCUGAUUGAUCGCGCUGCUGCGUGGUUUGAAUGAUGGAUUGAUUUAAUUUGCGGUUAUUCGCUAAAGUAACGGCCGUUUUUUCAAAACAUUCUCCGGCUAGUCCGUUAGCCAGCUGGGCUAACUCCUGAUUCUCCCGCGAGCCAGAAAAGCGAAGAUUCCCAAACUUCGCCAACACUGAGAGACCCGACGCGGAGAAAGCUCCCGCUAACACCGAGGCUAAGCUCACGGCUGUCAAGAAGCUCACCAUCUUCAUCCAAGACCACACUCUGAUGUGAGCUGAACAAAUAAAUCUUCAGGAGUCGCCCUCUGAGUUGAGGAUCUGCCUCGUAGCUGAGGAGAAUCUCGGUGUUUGGCCAUCAAGUCAGGUUUUACUGGCAGUCUGUGUGCUUCUCACCCACCAGCAUGUACAUUGGACAGUGGAUACCUUAGCCAAAACAGAUCCUGGCUUCCCAAAGAUGACAAGGUGCUGGCAGGCCCCAACUACAAAAUGAUGGGAGGCAGUGAGACUGUAAGUGGGGACAAGGAUGGGGUCCACAUCACUGCAAUACACGUCCCCAUCGGCUGGCAGAGGAGAGUUGAGGGCGGGCAGGUGAUCUAUGUCAGUCCCAGUGGCACUGCCCUAUCCUCUCUGGACGAGGUCAAGACCUAUUUGUUGAGUGAUGGCACCUGCAAAUGUGGUCUUGAGUGUCCACUCAUCAUCCAUAAGGUUUUCAACUUCACUGUGGGAGUGAAGGUGGAGCAGCACAGCCAGCCUUUAGGCAAAGCAGAGCAGGACAUGACCAAACUGUGUAACCACCGCAGGAAAGUGGUAGCAAUGGCUGCUCUCUGUCGGAGUAUGCAGGCCUCACAGCUGCCCUUUGCCAACCUUCAUCAUCCAGAAAUGAGCAGUGGAGUUGAGAGCCGUGAUCCAAAGCGAGUACUUGUGGAGCGGGAAGAAGAUGACCAUGGAAUUUACCAUCCCAGACUCCAUCCAGCCCCAGCUCGACACCACAGCAACCUCCACCCAAACCCCUGUGCCAGCCCCAAAUCCUCCCACCAGUUUAUUUACCCUUACAAUGGUUCUUCCCCUGUCCUUCACACAGGCACAAACUCUCACCAUUCCCUAGAGGCUUUGAGAAGGCUUCACCAUCCUCCUCCUAUCCCUGCCUCCUCCAGCUCUCCCUCCAGCUCCUCAUUCCCAGCUUACAGCUCUGCCCAGAAGUCACCCCGCACCACCACACCUCAGAACGUCACUCAAGGUCAAAGAACACCCAAAACCCCAGAGACUCCGGGUUCUCCUCGGCUAGGGCCCCUCUCUUCACCUCCUCCCUCUUCCCCUAUGACCAUUGGUGGAGGAGGAAGAGGAGCACAGACUCACGCUCAUCAUCCUCAUGGUGUCAUUGUGGGAGGCUCUCCCCUUUCUCCAUCUUCCUCCCUCUCUCCUUCUGUCCAUAACAUGAACUGUGUGUCUCCUCACCAGCGAUCCCGCCACCCUUCAGCCUCUCCUUCGCCUCUCUCUGAUCAGGGAGGAGGCUCAGCAGCAGCAGGAGGUCUGAUGGGAAAUAACUUGUCUCAGAGGAGGAAAUCCACCUCUUCCUCUCCGCACUCUCCUCUCUCUAGUGGCUCCCCAAACCCCAGUCCCCACUUCCCCAAGUACAAGCUGGAAGACAUCUUGGAGCAGUUUAAGAACUCAGGCAACAGCAGCACUAAUAACCACCACGUCCUGAUCUCUACUAACCCCUCCUUACUGACCAACCAAAGCAGUAGCAACCCUCAUGCUCUCUCCUCGAAGCCCUUAAAGAGUACCAUGAGUCCAACUCCCAGCUCAGGACCACCAAGUUUUGAGUUGAACUCUGCAGGGUCUUCUAGUUUAUCUCUGGGGCCAUUUCUGAAUCACCACCACAGCCAUCAGAGCAAGCUGUCGCACCCAGCUUCUUUCCCUGCAAGCACCCUGCUCUCUGCGGCUGCCAAGGCUCAGCUGGCUAGCCAGAUAACCCAGGGCCAGAGCUCAAAUGUGGCCAGCAACCCGGUGAGCUUGCCCUCUUCUCUGGAGGUCUUGAAAGAGGCCCAGAAGCAGCCGUCAUCAAAGGUAACAAACAGCACUUUACAUAACAGCCACCCUCCCUCCUCCAUUGCUUCUACUAGGUCUCCCCAUCCCUCCCUUGCAUCAGCCUCUUCCGUCCUCUUUCCUCCAUCCCAGUCUCUGGCCCAGUCCCUGGCUUCUUCCUUGCCCCACCUGCCUCCCACAGCAGAGCGCAAUGCAUCACACAGGAAGAGGCAACGGCGAUCUCCCACAGUGCUCACUAUGCUAAGAGACACCCAACAGUUGGCUAAUGGAGCGAGAAAGACCCCACCAGGAGACACAGUUUCUGCUACAGCUAUCAACCUAUCCUCCGCAUCUUCCUCCUCCUUCUCCUCCUCCUCCUUCUCCUCCUCCUCCUCCUCCUCUUCCUCGCACUCCUCCUCUACCUCAGCUGUGCAGAACCAGAAUGCUGUCAUGUUAGAAAACCAUCAUCAUCUUCUCGCUGGACAGACACCAAGGCUCCCUGCUCCCCGACAGAUAGCACCCCUUUCCAGGCUUCCUCGACAAAACGAGGCUCUUGAUUUCACUACACACCUGACACCUACACCUCUUGGCUUGGAUCCUCCAACCCAGCCUCUGUCUGCUCUGUUACACCUGCUCAGUGUGCAGAAUGCACAGGCCUCAGCAUCCAACUCUGCUUCAGCUCAGCCAGGAUCCGUGUCUAUUGAAGGAGGUGGACACACUAAUAGACAGAGCCCCAGACUGUCACCCUCUUCUCCCACCCCUCAUUCUAACGUCAGGCAACGACAGACUCAGUCACCGUGCCGAACCAGUAACACUAAUACUCUGUCCUCGGUGCCACAGCCGUCUUCUCCCCCUCCAGCCUCCCCUCAUUUCAGAUCAGUGCAGUCUCCAUCGAAUCCUCAGUCUACUAAGUCCAGUCCUCUGCAGAGACAUUCUCCUUUUCCUACAGUGCUGCCCAACUCAAAUUUAGCUUUACACAACAGCAGCAGCCCAUCUCAGCACAUGUCCCUGACUCACUCAGACAAGCACUCAGACUCCGUUUCCCAGGCACCAUCGCAGGAAGCCUCACUACAGGGCACUGUGGCAAGGGAGAUGGGCAGUAACAGCAUAUCUACAUCAGUGGACCUGAGUCAUUCUCAAGGCAGUGUUUCUGUCGCGAUAUCCAGCUCCCCGAAGCCCCUCGAUCUUAGCAACCAUGUCCUAGCGCUUCUCGCAGCAUCUUCCGCUGUGCCCCAGGGGGAGGGCUGCUCCUCCGAUCGAACCACUGAUGCUGUGAUGUCUUCCCAAGGAAAUCCUCCAGCAGGGCCAGAGGAGCCUAGAUGUGUGGACUCAAAGGUCUCCAUAGUGACCAAACCUCCAGCAGCCACCAGCCCCGGGCCCACUAUCUCCUCUCGUCUUGGGGAUAAUAACAGUCCUCAUACACCCUCAGCCGUGGGCGACUCGACCAAUCCCUUACCUCUUGCAGAGGCCUUCCCCUUCAUGAACCAAGAGCAGCUUCUUCAGCUGCUGUCAUCCACAGGAGGCCUACCGUCCCUCUUGGACCCUGCAGUCCUGGCUUCAUUGCCCCUAGGGGGGCUGUGGUUGGGGGGGCAACAUGCACAGAUACCCCCUGCCAGUGCUACACCACAGAAUCUUGCAGAGCAGCAGCAGUCAGAGCAGCAGCAGUUGCUGAUGCAACAACAAGAGACACAGCAGCAAAACCAGGAUCAACAACAGAAGCACCAACAGAUAAACAACAAUCCUUUGUUUCCCUUGUUGCCCUUGUUGAGCGGUGCUCAAGGGGAGCUGCCUCUGAACCUUCUGGGCCUGUUGAACCCACUCCCGGCCCCAGCCUCAACCUCCACCCCAGGACAGGAAGCUGAUUUAGGGCUAAACGAAAAACCUAGCCUCCAGGCUCUGCUCAUGGCAUCCUUGUUGCUCGGGCAACAGCAGGCGUCUUUGUUACCUCUAUCUGGGCUGGGUCAGUUGAGCCAGGUGAGCUUGGAAGUUCCCCUCCAGCAACCACAGCAGAUCCCCACCACAUUGGAGGGCCUCACCCUGGAUAAGACCUCUGGCCUCCUGGAUCCAUCAACCCUACCAGGCCCAGGGCUCUUAGAGGUUGCCCAGGGCCUUCUUUCCAUUCCUCCAGGAGCUGAGGGAUCUAUCCAAGCCCUGCAGUCUCUGCUCCUUCCUGCUGCUCUUCCUCCUCCCCACGCAGCCUUCCUGCCCCUCAGCCCUGCCUUGCUCACUGCUGCCCUGAGCUCUGCUGAGCUCCACCCAUCUCCCCACACCCAUUUAGCUCCUGCACAGCAAACCCAACAUACCCAACCUCAGGUAUCUACUGAUGCUGGUGUUGACACCCUCAUCCCCCUAUCUCUCCAAGGCAAGGACAACCCCAUCCUCCAACAGUUAUUACCCACUUUGCUUAACCCUGCUGUAUUAGGAGAUCUUUCUGCCCUCACAGGCCUCCAUAACAUGUUGGGGAUUGGAGCAGGUUCCAUCCUCUUACCCCCAGUGCAGACCUCUGCUUUGGGCAUGCCUCUGUUGCAGGGUCCUGAUGGAGCUAUCAACUUGCUCAACAAUAUACAGCUAAACCUUGCACCACCAUCAGAAGGAGAGAAGCCAGUCUCAUUACAGGAAACACAAAGCCCUGCCCCGCAGGAAGACAUUCCAGCCAGUCAGAUCACUUCCGAAGUGGUUCCCAGUCCUGUUCUAGCUUCAGCUCCAGCCCCUGCCCAAGAACCCACACCACCUCCACAGCGAGUAUCUGAGGGCAGGUCUGUUAUCGAUCCUUACACCUCUUUCAUGGACACGAUUUAUACCUCCUUCCUUCAAGUCAGUGCUAAAGAGCAAGAAGAUAGAGCCCACUUGGGGCCAUCUGACCCCACUUCACCCUUCUGUGCCUUACCGCCGGUUUCUUUCCCUAUGGAGCACCAUACCUCGUCCACUCCUGUCUCAACUCUGCCCCAGGCGAGUGCCCCAGUCUCACUUAGCCCACGUCGGGCCUGUUCCCUCCGCAACCCAGACUUAUCCCGACUGAGCCUGGAAGCAGCAGCCCACUCCCCAGCCCAGGGGACACCCAAACCCAUUGAGGACGGGUCUACGCCACCCUUACAAAGAAAACCGGUCAUGGUAGAGGGACAUACUCACCCAGAGCCUCCUCUGCCAUCCAUCUACUUGGAGGAGGCUAAGACAGACUGUACUGGCCCUUCUGCGGCCAUGUGCCCCUAUGUAGAGGCAGGGGUGGACAGGCAAGGGCAUCUUUCCCAUGCAGGGUACCUCAGUCCCAGGGAUGGAUGCAGUGGGAGGCCCAAUGAGGAGACAGCUGGGACGUUGCUGCACACCGAACAGGGAAGGGAUCAAGCGGGAUCAGCAGGUGGAGCCAGAAGAGGAAGGAAAAGGAAACAAACGCUACAGAAUGUGUUAGAAGACUUCAGAGACAUGGAUGCUACAGCACUAGAGGAAACCAAGGCUACGACAGCCCUGCUGAAGCCUGAGAGGUCAGUCCGCGGCAGGAGGCGCCGAGGCGCCAGGUCUCAGAGGCAGUGAUUGGUGGAGGGAGCUGUAAGUCAGAGCUGUUCACCAAUCAAAGGCGGCCAGACGCCUCUCCUUCCCCACUCCAUCUCUUCACCAUCAUCACCACUCACUGUUUAGACCUUUCUUUCUUUUCUUUUUUUUUUUUUUUAAUUCAACUGCACUAAUAUUAAGAUGUUGUCAUGUCAACCAUUGUUAUGGCAACCACUAUGAGAAAAGAAAACACAUAGGAGAGAGUUCUAGUCUGAGAAAUUAAUUUAUAAAGAGUGGGGAGGAAAUUGAAGAGAAAUUUUGUGGAUACUUAUUUCACUUAGGUCUUCUCUUAGGUCUAGUUCACAGAAUAAUGGUUGCUUGACAUUGUGAUCAGAGAUCUGUUAAUUAUGGUUGGUGUUAGAGUUCUAUCAAUGAGAAAACACAAAAAAAACAAACAAGAGUACUGUUUUCUUCUCAUCAGUGUGUAACUGUGAGUCAGGAUAAAGCCCAUCUACUUGAACGAUGCUCUCUGUUGAAAGUUUGUCUGUACGUGUGUGGAUGUGUGUGUCUUUUGAUGUGUCUGAGUGUGUGUUGGACAACAGUGCUAUUGCUGAGCCCCUCACUGUCCGACCGUUAGUUGAAUUUAUUUUCAUUUUAGUAAACGAGACCCUGUCUGUUUGUAAGAUGAAGGGCUCUUUUGCAGAGACACACGGCGGUUGUAUUUCAACGAAAUGAAAGGUUUUCAGAGGUGCUGGAAGCGAAAAUAAGAAGGAACAGACUUGAUUUUUUUUUUUUUUCAUUCACAGUAUAAAAUAACCCUUACAUGGGAGAAACCAAGGAAACAAUGUGGUUUAUUGUAUCAGGUUUCUUCACACUCUAAGAAAAUAACUUUUUAUCAUGAUUCCACAUGUCCUGUGAGAUGUUCCUUAAUGGUUUGUACAUCACUAAUAAUUAUGAACUGAGAAAACAUUCAUAAAAAAUAAAAAAAAUAGAAGUUCUUUUGUACACCUCUUUGAAUCAUGUCAUAACACGCCAGGGUACCCGACAGGUCAGGAAAAUUGAAUUCAUCUGACAACAUCCAGUUUUUUGAUGUUUGCAAGGUCCAAGCAAGCAAUCCAGAAAAACUGAAACUUUUCACAUGCUGUGUCGUUUGUUGCUGUGAAGAAUUAUGUGUAGCUGUGGUGUGAUGGAGACUAAUAUCUGUUCACCAAACACCCACCCAAACUUUCACUCCCACCAGCUGCGAUAAGUGUCUGGGAUUGUUUUGAAUUAUGAAAAGGAACAUUUGCAGGAAAGUACAGUAUGUCCUCUGAUUGGUUGAACAAAUGGCUGGAAAACUUAAACGCAGAGAGUGAUUAUGUCUUACGUGGAUCUGUUGAGUCUGUGUGUUACUGUGGAUUUGGAGUAAUAUCCUCCCUCUGUCUCCUCAUAUCACUGUUUGAGCUCUCCUCCACACACUGCCCUGCCCCAAGAGUACUGGCAUCUCUAGCUGUAUUUAAAACAAAACACCACAAAAAAAGAAUAAAGAAGUGAAAAAGGAAGCAGAUUAUGCAAUUUCUACACUUGGAGAUUUGUACAUAUGUACAGUUAAUGUGUUUUAUUUUGAUUUUAUAUUGUUAGAGAAAGAGACGAGAGAAAACAAUGAAUUGUGAAUUUUUCUGGGAAUUGUAAUUAAGUAUUUUUCUCAUUCUACCCCUUGCUUUCAAUACUUAUGUUUAAAAAGACGAUUAAAUUGUGGACUGUAGCUUUCUUUUUUAUAUGGGAGUCUUUUUUAUUUAAUAUUAAACUAUUUACAGAAAAUGUA